GUGCAGAGGAUUUCACCAGGUAGUUGGCAAGAGACCUUAGACAAGUGUGGGAAGCUGUGGAGGAUACAACUCUUUUCUCUGGUCUUUCAGACAAGUAGUGGCUCUGGGAUGAUGAGUUACUACAUGGACACAACCAUUGGAAGCCCAGCCCCUUAUCCUCUGGCCCGUCCAGGAGUAAUGGGUGCUGCCAAUUCCUAUGAAGAUCCUUGGAUGAGCUGUGGCUUUCAGUCCACCUGCUACCAGCAAAGGAUUUGCUACCCAGUCUGGGAUGAGUCCACCAUUCAAGAAGUGCCCACUGGCUUAGAACGCUACAACUCAGAUAUGGAAUGUGCAGAUGUGCCUUUGCUAACCCCGAGCAGUAAAGAAAUGAUGUCCCAGGCGCUGAAGGCCACCUUCAGCGGCUUCACGAAAGAGCAACAGCGUCUGGGAAUCCCCAAAGACCCCCAGCAGUGGACGGAGACUCAUGUACGGGACUGGGUGAUGUGGGCUGUGAAUGAGUUCAGUCUGAAGGAUGUGGAUUUCCAGAAGUUCUGCAUGAAUGGGGCUGCCCUCUGCGCUCUGGGCAAGGACUGCUUCCUCGAGCUAGCGCCUGACUUCGUGGGAGAUAUUCUCUGGGAACAUCUGGAGAUCCUACAGAAAGGUUAUGGCAUUGAGCAUGCACAGUGCGUGCCUCCGUCAGAGUUCUCUGAGCCCAGCUUUAUCACCGAGUCCUACCAGACCCUCCAUCCAAUCAGCUCAGAGGAGCUCUUCUCCCUCAAGUACGAGAAUGACUACCCGUCGGUCAUCCUGCGUGACCCUGUCCAGACGGACUCCCUGCAGACAGAUUACUUCACGAUCAAGCAGGAAGUUGUAACGCCAGAUAACAUGUGCAUGGGGCGCACCAGUCGAGGUAAACUAGGGGGCCAGGACUCCUUCGAGAGCAUAGAGAGCUACGACAGCUGCGACCGCCUGACGCAGUCCUGGAACAGCCAGUCGUCUUUCCAGAGCCUUCAGCGCGUCCCCUCCUAUGACAGCUUUGAUUCUGAGGACUACCCCGCGGCGCUACCCAAUCACAAGCCCAAAGGCACCUUCAAGGACUAUGUUCGAGACCGGGCCGACAUGAACAAGGACAAGCCAGUCAUUCCUGCUGCUGCCCUCGCUGGCUACACAGGCAGUGGACCCAUCCAGCUGUGGCAGUUCCUGCUGGAGCUGCUCACCGACAAGUCCUGCCAAUCCUUCAUCAGCUGGACAGGCGAUGGCUGGGAAUUCAAGCUCUCGGACCCAGACGAGGUUGCCAGGCGAUGGGGCAAGAGGAAAAACAAGCCCAAGAUGAACUACGAGAAGCUGAGCCGUGGGCUUCGCUACUACUAUGACAAGAACAUCAUCCACAAGACGGCCGGCAAGCGCUACGUGUACCGUUUCGUCUGCGACCUGCAGAGCCUUCUGGGCUACACGCCCGAGGAACUCCAUGCCAUGCUGGACGUCAAACCCGAUGCCGAUGAGUGAAUCGGACCAGCCAGACUGUGUGGAAGGUUGUGUCGUGUCGGUCUGGAGAUUCAACAAGACCUUAAAAAAAAAUUUUUUUUUUGCAGUUAAAUAUCUAUCUAUAUUUUUUCAAGAGCAACUCAAAUUUGACAUUUUUGAUGGGGAGAGGAGGGUGGGCAAAGUCAAGCUUUUGGCUGAAUCUGACAAUGUUUGGUUGGGAGAAGAAAGAUGGAACUUUUUAUCUGAAAGUUCUCUGAGAGGUUUUUGAGGGUGAAUUUCUUAGUUUUAAGGAAGCCAGAAAAAUAUAGCUCACUUAAAAAAAAAUUAAAAUAAACCCUUCCCAUCUCAUACCAUCUGGAAACAUUAUUAAUGAAAAGAUCCCCUUGAUUACUGUGUUACCAGCGCAACAAACUGACAAUUCAGGAAGUGACAAGACUCCUAAGGAUUAUGCGAUUGGUUCUUUUAUUGAUGGGAGGGGCAAAGGGAAGGUGGAACUUCCUGUUUUGUGGGAGGGGAUGACAUAGGAAAAAACAAGAACAGUUCUUGUUCCUUUGCUUUUCUGUCGGUUAUUUUUCUGUUACACAAAAGACAGAUUUUUUUUUUAGGAGGGACCAAGAUUUUUUUAAUUAUUAUUUGUUAAAAUUUUAUUUUAUUAAAUUUUGUGCCAGUAUUUUUUUUUAAAUAGUCUUAAGCUCCAAGAUGGUCUCAGUCUUGCAAUAUUGUGUGUGUAUGUAUGUUUCUGUUAUGCCAGCAGAGAGUUUUAUCACAGUGAAGAAAAAAUAAUUGUUUAUGUAGACCCCACUGGAGAAGUGUAGCGCUCUGACUUAUGAUCUCUGAAUCUUAUGUGAAGGAAAAUGAGUGCCAAAUCAGCCACCAAAAAUGCUGGGAGGAUGCUUUGCAUUUGCAUUGAGUCCCAUGCACUUUGCUCUAUUGUUUAUUGCUAAAGCUGGAUGAAAUGUCUCAAAAGGAAAUUUUGUUGUUGUUGUUGUUGUUAAAAAACAUCUUUUUGGGACAGCCAUAUUUUCAAAACCAUGGUUUUUGUUUUAAAUUUCUGAUGUAUCGAAAAUGUUGCUGACUUUUUCAUAUAUCAUUUUCAAAAUCAGAAAGUGUUUUGUUUUUUUUUAAAGGAAUGUUUUUAACGCUUUGAAGUAACUGCUAAUUUGUUUUGUUUAAUAUCCCACCCAGUGACUAAGCUGAGCAAAGAAGUUCAGAUUUGACAUUUUCCUAUUUUGAACGCAGUCAGUGCUGAAGGGAAAAUGGAAAAAUGUGUUAGGGAAAAAAAACCAUGAAAAGUUUUGAACGAUGAAAAGUGAGACAAGGAUGAUUUGGAAACUUUUGACGGUUUUUCCCUCCACUUUUGACCAGUGCUGCCUGCAGUGCUGUACGGUCAGCCAUUCUAGGCACAUCCAAAAUGGAAACUCAGACUCAAAUGGGAGCAAUCCCUCAAGAUGCCGAGCACGCAAGCCCAGUCCAGUGAAACUUGCAUGCACAUGCUUAAACUCACGAAUAGCCCCAUUGAAGUGAGUGGACUAUUUGUGUGUUUGAUGUUAAGCAUGUGCUUAACUGCUUUGCUGGAUCAGGCUUUGAGCCCGGAGUGUGUGGAUACAGCUUAGAUACGGAGGAUAUAUUUACACAACAAACUCCUCCCUGCAGCAGCAAUUCUCAGAGCCGACUGGGGCUCACACCGCGGGGUUAAAAAUAUCAGUGUGGAUCUUCGGGCUCGGGCUGAAGCCUGGGCUCCAUGACCCUCCCGUCUUGCCAAAUUUCAGAUCCCAGGCUCCAGCCCGAGCCUGAACGUCUACACUGUUGUUUUUAGCCCCACAGCGUGAACCCCAGGAGCCUGAAUCAGCUGGCCUGGGCUCUGAGACUCGCUGCCAUGGGUCUUUUUUUUUGCUGCAUAGACAUCCCUUAGGGCCUGAUCCUCCUCUCCCUUGCCCUUUGUAACUCCAUUGACUUCAGAGGAGUCACUCCUGAUGUACUCCUGGUGUACAUCAGGAGGGGGAUUGAUCCCACUGAAGCUAGUGGCCAACUCCUCAUUAGCUUUAAUUCUGGAUCAGUCCCAAAGUGAAGGGGGGAGAAUCAGGCCCUGAGUUUUAAAUGUUUAGACCAGAUUCUGAAACCAGAUCCACACGGGUAAAUCCCUGCCAGUCUGACUGUAGGAUUUGGGCUUUCGACUUAAAAUAUCUUUUUUGUUUUUGUUUUUUGGUAAAGACAGUAUUAAAUAUUUGAACUGGAUAUAUUUUCUUUAACGGCUGAACUAAUUUCCGAAGCUCUGUGGUGAAUCAAUACAGAGAGUGGGAGGGUGGAGAGACUUUGUAGAUCAAUGCAGGGGAAACAGAACAAUGGGAGAUCAUGUAUCAGGUCUGCAGAACUGGGCUCUGAAUAAAAGUUGCUAAAAACACUCUUGUAUUUAGUCUGAACAUCCAGUUUGCUUCCUGUUUUCCCAUCUCUGUGAAGUCAGAGCGCUGGGGUAUAGGAGGGCAGGGUCAAACAGGAAGCCAUGGGAUGCUGUCAGUUGAGUUCUAUGGAAAGAUGAUGCCCUGACACAAAGAUGCUGAGCUCCCAUUGGAUUCUACAAGAAUGGCAUGUGCUCAGGCCCUGUGAAUAUCAGGACGUUCGUUUUUAAGCAAGCUUUAUUUGAUUGAAAUUCAGUCAGGCCCGGCGUGUCAGAGAGCUUAGCCUAGCUUAGCAGGCUGGUAGGUAUAAAGCUGAACACAUGGAAAAAUGUAGCAAGCUGAUUAGGGGGGGCGUUUAAACCAAGAAUGUUGAAGGCAGAUGGUGGCUAUGGGGCCAGGGAAGUCCAGGUGUCAGAGUACAUGUCUAGGGCUAAGACCUGAUCCCGCCCGACAUACAAAGAGGACUGGUGCAGAUGAAGGAAAGCGUGAUGGAAGGAAGGCGAAAGGAGCAUGCACUGAAUGAAGAAAGGACAGUCUGCCUUCUGAAAGAGCAGUUCUCAUCUAGCAUCCGGAGCAUUCAGUGCCUUUAACCCUCAGCAAAGGGGGACUGGCAGCUGUGGCAGGUGAGAGAUUGCAGAAGUGAGAAAGGAGGGCUGAUGCAAAAGGGGAUUGGAGUUCAGCUCAAGCUGGAGGAAGCAAAGGAAGAUGCUGAUGUUGUGCUGCUGUAGGCCAGGUGCUCCUCCUCCCUGCUAGAAACUAGAUGCAAAGAGAGAAUAUGUGAAGUCAAACGCCCGUCCAGAAGGUGACUGAUUCAUAGCUGUGUACGGCGGGCUGCGCUGUAGUGGGAAGGCUGAGUGAGGCUGCUCCCUGCACUUUGAGUAGGCUGAAGGCAUCUUGAUGGAGCUUUUGAGUGAUAAAGGUGGUAGUAGCUGAGUGCAGAGGGUUAGUUUGGGCUUCUGAGAAGAUAUAUAAGGAGGAAGAUUUCAGGCUCUGUUUUCCAGGGAGGCAGAGAACCACUUGAUCCAGAGGUGAUUCCAGCGAAAUACACUUGUCCCAAAUAAAACCAGCAUAGUAGCCUGUGACUCUUUAAAUUCUCAACUGGUAACACAAUUCUCCUAGGCUUUUAGGGUCUUAUAAGUUCCAUAGAACCACAGAAAGUGCCCUUAGGUUAAUAUGUUACAGUGUCCGUUCUGGGCAGUUUGUAGCCAGACCUUAAAUCAUCACCUUUAAUUUACAGGAUUACUCUUGUAAAGGGUGUUAGUGACCGGGGCAGAUGUCCCACCACUCUUUCUGCUGUCUAACCCACCCAGCAAGGGUCUGUCCCCUGGGGUUGGUCACAGUGCAGGGUCCCCCAGUUCAGUUCAAGCAGAAAGUCAGUCAGUAAUCAUAGAAUAUCAGGGUUGGAAGGGACCUCAGGAGGUCAUCUAGUCCAACCCCCUGCUCAAAGCAGGACCAAUCCCCAACUUUUUUUUUUUGCCCCCGAUCCCUAAGUGGCCCCCUCAAGGAUUGAACUCACAACCCUAGCAGGCCAAUGCUCAAACCACUGAGCUAUCCCUACCCCCCUACUUUACUAUGAAUGGUUGGGACUUGGGUUUGUGUGCUGACCCCCAAUAUUUCUGCCAGACCUGAUCAAGUCAUUCAUUCCACGAGGGUUAAUUGUGGGCAGAUUUUCUGUAUUAAGCUGUUUCUACCCAAGACAAUCUGUUUCCAUAACGUACAGGGAUAUGUUCUCAAACUGAUCUAGAAGGGCUACAAAAUGAAUGGCGCCAUCUUUGCCAACAUGUUCCUACCAAUGCUUUGCCAAGUUUACUCACCACCCUUUGCCAUCCAGAUUGCAAUCUGCAUGUAAAUGCCACAAGCGUCAGACAGAAUAGCUUUGGUGACAUGUACUGACUUGACCCACAAUUUGCUUCCCCUCCCUCCCCCCUUCUAGGCUAGAGACUGUCACAGAAAGCACAGUGUGCUGUUUAUACACUGGAAAAUUGCAGAUUUUUUUUUAAAUGCAUGUUGACUAUUGAACAGAGAUGUGUGACCCAGAUGAGAUAAAGUUAAGGCCAAAUAUGUACCUGCACCUAAACCUCCAACUGCAUCUUUUAUGAGGUGUGAAAAAGUUUGGUUAACCUACAUACACGCAAUAUCUAUAGAAUGUGUGUGAAAGAGAGCGUGCACUGGGGUUGCAAUUCACCUCUGUGCAAAGAUCCAGCACGAGUCUUAUUUUGAUGGGUUAACUGGUGUCUAGUGCUGGCCCCUCUGGACUGGGGUGAAUUGCACCCUGGGCAAAUAUUUAAACCAGAUUUAAUUCAAUGAAUUUCUCUUUUGUUCUGGAAUUUCUCAAAUCUGUUAAUUGAUUCCAAAUAUUUUUAUGUCUAAUUCUUGAUCUUGUAGUUCACUGCAAGUACUUAGCCAACAUAUUGUGCUUCAGCACCCAAGUCACAUGAUAUGGGCCCAUUUUUCCAACUGGAUGAGGCUAAUUCUAUGCAUGUCAUUCUUACAUGCCUAGAAAUGUAGGGCUGGAAGGGACCUCUAGAGAUCAUUUAGUCCAUCCCCUCCAUGCUGAGGCAGGAUUCUUUGUAUCGUUGAAUACUUGUGGUCAGGAAUUCAAAGUUUGCUUGUUGGGAAUAUUCUGCGACAUUGGUUUAAAAGUGGCUUUCUUCCAGUGAAAUUAUGCCCUGGAAAGAAAAGGGACCUCAGUCAAAGGGAAUUCAUUUAAAAAAUUUGAACAGAUAUUUACAGACAUUUUUUCAUUACAGCAUUUGCCCAUCUCUCGCUGUGUAUGUGUAGAUGAUUAUAAUACACAAAAGAUGAUACACAGUCACCUAUACAUUUGUGUGUAUUAGAAUCACAUACACACAUGUGUACGUGUGUGCAUCAGUUUUUUACACUCGAUUACACUUCCCGGUUCUGCCCAGAAGAGUAUUAUCAUUCUGUGAGAGUCCACUCUUGAGGUAUAUCUGAACAGGACAUGAACCAAGUUAUACAUAGUUUUGAGAAAAGAAGACUGAGGGGGGACCUGAUAGUCUUCAAAUAUACUAAGGGCUUUUAUAAAGAAGAUGGUGAUCAAUUGUUCUCCAUGUCCAGUGAAGGAAGGACAAGAAGUAAUGGGUUUAAUCUGAAGCAAGGGAGGUUUAGGUUAGAUAUUAGAAGUAUCUUUCUAAUUGUAAGGAUAGAUAAGCUCUGGACCAGGCUUCCAGGGGAGGUUGUGGAAUCCCCAUCACUGGAGAUUUUCAAGAACAGGUUAAACACACACCUGCCAGGGAUGGUCUAGGUUUAUUUAGUCCUGCCUCAGCACAGGAUGUUGGCCUAGAUGCCCUCUUGAGGUCUCUUCCAGAUGUACAUUUCUAAGAUGAUUCAUCAUUGGCCUGAAAUGUAACCUUCUCUCAGGAGAUUUCCAGCUGAAUGUCAAGAUUAUAAAAAAAAAAAA